AUCAUUCUGGGUUUGUCAUUUGGAUGCUGGAUGAUAAUGACUGCAUGCUUCAAUGGAAUAAAAUGGAGAAAAAGCACACUUGUGAGCGGGUAUCUGUAAAUGAACAUUUACGUAAUAUGAAGGAAAAGGCAACGGAGGCUUGGGCUGAUCGG